AACCUCAUCACGUGACUAGUGAACACCUCGAGUAAUACAGUACAGUGCAGGCAGACUAAAGGGUUACUGGAAGUGAAGUAAUAUAGAGGAACAUCCCCCAUGCAGCAAGGAUGUUUGGUGUAAAUGCGAUACAUCCCCUACUCCAGGUUGAGAGAGGAGCACUGUGCGGUGCAAUGUGCAGACUGCUGAACUGUUACACCAAACACCUACACCAGCGCCGUGCUGCUAGUGUCCUCACAUUGGCUUGCUCACGCUGCACACCCGCUUCAGUGACGCCAUGCAGACAGUACAGAUCGAAAACUCACUCAAGUCAGCUCACCUUGGCUCAAAUGAACCGCAUCUUAAAGGCAAACGAGUACAGUUAUAAAGUCCACGAGUAUGACGGGAGACGCGUUAGCUCUGUCUUGGGGUUCGACAGCAACCUAUUGGCUUCCAACGUCCCCAUGGAAGAUCGCCGGAGUGCAGCGACUUGUCUGCAGAGCAGGGGCAUGCUUUUUGGGGUUUUCGACGGACACGCUGGCUACGCCUGUGCACAGGCAGUAACCGAAAGGCUGUUUUACUACAUAGCGGUCUCUCUGCUCCCUCUAAAGACCCUGGUCGAUAUCGAGGAGGCCGUGGAAAACGAGAGGCCCGUGUUACCUAUUCUGCAGUGGCACAAGCACCCAAACGACAACGUCAACACGGCUGCCGGGAAGCUUUACUUCAGCAGCCUUAGAACCUACUGGCAAGAGCUCAUUGAACUGGGUGGCGGGGAUCAGACAGGCACCGAAGCUGCACUUGUCAACGCAUUCAAGAGGCUAGAUAACGAUAUAUCUCUUGAAGCCCAGUUGGAACACGGAGACCCGUUUUCACCCUACACUCCGCUCAGGGUUGCUAUGUCAGGGUCGACUGCUUGUGUUGCACAUGUGGAUGCCAUGGAUUUGCACAUCUCCAAUCUUGGGGACAGUAGGGCCGUGCUUGGCGUUCUGAACCACGACGGCACUUGGACCGCGCAGACUAUGAGCAACGAUCACAGUGCUCAGAACCCAGAGGAAGUGAGAAGAGUUCUCUCUCAGCACCCCAAAUCAGAAGCAAAAACAGUGGUCAGACACGACAGGCUUCUGGGCCUGCUGAUGCCUUUCCGAGCUUUCGGGGAUAUUAAAUUCAAAUGGAGCAGAGAGCUUCAAAAGAGUGUGUUGGAAACCCGGGAAGAGCUGCUGUCUGGGACAGAGUAUGCAAAGUCACUCCCGACCAACUAUCACACCCCUCCCUAUCUCACUGCAGAACCGGAAAUCACUUACCACAAGCUAAGACCCCAAGAUAAAUUCCUUGUCCUAGCCACAGAUGGUUUGUGGGAACAGAUGCACAGGCAGACUGUAGUGCAAGUCAUAGGAGAGCACCUGACAGGGAUCCGUUUACAUCAGCCACUGUCGGGCCUUUCUUUCACUUUGGGCCAGAUGCACAGCUUGCUUGCUGAAAGAAAGGCUCAGGCUUCUUCUGGUUUUGAUCAUCAUAACACAGCUACACACCUGAUCAGACACGCUUUGGGUAGCGACGAGUUCGGUACAGUAGAGCACAGUCGUUUAUCCAAGAUGUUGAGUCUACCACAAGAGCUGGCAAGGAUGUACAGAGAUGAUAUAACUGUUACUGUGGUUCACUUCAAUCCACAGAUUGUCCAAGCACAUUAUAAUGGAGGGUUUCUGAAAGCCGAUCACAAGAGUCAAUAUUGCUAAUUAAUCAGUUACACUCUACAGCUUGUACAAUAUAGACUACAAACUAGUUAAAAUGUUGAUUAUUAGCUAACUGCUAGUUAUUAAUGGGACUUUAACUUGUUCAUCUAACUUUGGAUCUUUUUUGUUUAUUUGCUUUUUUAUAUUAGAUAACUUGGUGAA